UCGAUAGAACCGAUCGUUACUGUGGUCGUCGAACUUCCUAUGGAGUAAUACUCACUAUGUACAAUUGUGGUAUUAUUCUGAACUUCAAUGAAUUAUACAGAUCUGAAUCACCUACACGAGUACUCCAUCACUUAUUUACAACAAUUGAUUGUCUAUCACCAUCUGUUCCAUUACCAAAAUACUUGAUAUACGUCAAUGCAUGUGGUCUGUUACUCACGUUUCAAAAUCGUUUUGAAAACGGUCAUAUACGUCACACAGCACGCACCGAUGCCUUAAAUAACAUGACGUUUUUGGUUGAUAAAUUUCACAUUGGUAAUCAUACGAGACCGAUGUGUCAGGCACAAACCAACCCAUACAAAUAUCCUGAUGUCAAUGGCAUAAACACAGUUGUCUGUGAACAGACAAAUUCGAAAUUGAAAAAAUACCAAAAUGCACUAUCAUCUUUCUCUUUUCCACAGAUUGUACAAAAUCAUGAUUUACCAAUUAUCUUUGUUUCUCAUAUUUUUCAUUUAAUAAAUCAGCUUAUCAACCUUUACCACGCCUAUAAAACCGCAGAUGAAUUUAUCCAAAGCGAUGGCGCUCGGAAAGCAAGACUGGUAGCCCAAGCAGCAACUGAUCGUGCUCGGAACGUGAGCCCAACAAGCAAAGCCACGAGCAGCCCCGAUACAACAUCGAAGCCUCAAUUAAAAUGA